UUCCGAUACGAUACUUUCUAUUCAGAAACUUCCGUCUUUUUUAGCAGACUCAUGUGUUGCCUAAACCUCUGGAGCUGAACUCGUUGCCACCAUAUUCGACAAAGAACUUUUUUUUUUUUUAAUCCAGAGCUCUUAAAAGCGAUCAGAUGAAGUCAAGCACAAAUGGCUCGUCGCUGUGUCGUCUGGGUGUAGUUGUGACAUUGGCAGGUGUCAUCACUAUGAGCAUCAUGUUUUCCAUGCUCAAACCUUUACAAAAAUGUCCACUGCCACCUCCUAAACCCAAAGUAAACUCAGUACAAAAAUGUACAAAUAGCAACAACUCUGCUAAAAGCAGCAACUCUGUCAAAAGCAACUCUGUGACUGAAAAAGCAGAGGAGAAACCUAUAGUUCUGUUAUGGGUGUGGCCUGAAAAUUAUAGGUUUGAUUUCAGUGACUGUAAAAAGUUUUACAAUAUUGAUAAUUGUCAUCUGACGGAUGAUAGAGCACUCUACAACGAUGCAGAUAAUGUCAUUGUUUAUCAUAGAAACAUCCAAUGGGAUCUCUCCAACCUUCCUCCAUCUCCUCGUCCUCCGUUCCAAAGGUGGCUUUGGUUGCAUCUAGAAUCACCAACCAACACCAAAAAGAUACCAGGUCUGGAAAACCUGUUCAAUCUCACUCUCAGCUACAGACAUGAUGCUGAUAUUCCUGUACGGAUGCGCUUGAUGACCAGGAAGAAACCUAAUGAGGAGUUUGUGAUUCCCAAAAAGGACAAACUGGUUUGUUGGAUUGUGAGUAACAAUGAUCCCUCAACUGGUGUUGACACAAGGAACGUUUUUUAUAGAGAAUUCAGGAAAUACAUACAAGUGACUUUGUUCGGAAGGGCCUAUGCAAGGUUCCUGAAUUAUAAUGAUUAUUAUCCAACCCUGGCCAGCUGUAAAUUUUACCUUGCCUUUGAAAACUCCAUCCACAAAGACUACAUCACUGAGAAGAUCAACGGGCCGCUCGCUGCGGGGACCGUCCCUGUGGUGUUGGGUCCUCCGAGAAGAAACUAUGAGAACUUUGUUCCCGCCGAGUCCUUCAUUCAUGUCGAUGACUUCCCAGACGCAAAGUCACUAGCCCAAUAUCUGCAUCAUCUGGACAAGAAUGAAGAUGCAUAUCGCAAGUACUUUAACUGGAGGAAACAUCUCACUCCAAGUCCUCAUUUAAUAUUACAGACACAAGAGUUUAUUCUGGCUAUCUGCACUGCUUGUGACUAUGUAGCACGAAACAGGGAAUAUAAAGAAGCUCAUGAUCUCUAUGAGUGGUACUUCAGUUAA